GCGGCGGUGGCGGGUUGGCGGCAAAUAACCAAAAUUCAAAAUUAUUUACACUGUCAAGGCCGUUAAAUCGUGGAUUUUUAAUAAAAUGGACAUUUAUUUUGUCGAUAGUGGAAGACAAGAAGAAAUUGAAACAUUUUACGAGGCUUGUCAACGACACAGAAAUUACUACAGGGGUUAUCCAAAAGCCUACCACCCUUUGCUGUAUUUCAAAGAUCCGGAAUACGCCUACCAAUGCCCUCCUGAAAUGACUCCGACAUAUCUAUCCUUCCCGAUGUUCCACGUGAAAUAUAAACAGCCAGUGGUGUUGCCAGUAGCCGGUACCCGCACCAGCGGUAUACCUGCCCUGCCUGACCGCACCCUCGCGGGCCGAUACAAUAAAGCUGCUUGUAAAGCUUUCGUCAGAUAGAAUCCACUAGUAAUAAAUAAUUUGCAAAGUAUUGUAGCUAAACUAAGACUCAGAUAAUAUAAAAUCAAGAGUUCGUACUUCAACUAAAACCAAUAAAUUGUGAUGUGGAAGCAGCGACAGUGAUUGUAACGUUCUUUUGUGGUAGAGGAAACAUCUCGAGCAAGACUUUUGACCUUGGGAGUAGGUUUAAAGGAUCCUUUCAGAACACUUACUUUACCUGCUCGACAUGUUCUCCAUGCCCACACUAAACAAUUUAUGAUAAACAAUAAUUACAACACAAAACAUUAUUGCACAAAAUCACUAACACGACUGGCAGCGUGACGGUGUCUACGCUGCCUAACAAACAACAGAAACUGCUUAAAGCUAAAUAAUAAUAGACCGUGUUCAAGGACAACACUAUUGUUUAUAAAACACCACCACCAAGUAUCUGCUGCAGAAAUAUUUAGCACUAGCUGACGCCGCGCGGUUUCACCCGCGUGGUUCCCGUUCCCGUAGGAAUACGGAAAUAAAAUAUAGCCUAUAGCCUUCCUCGAUAAAUAGGCUAUCUAACACUGAAAGAAUUUUUCAAAUCGGACCAGUAGUUCCUGAGAUUAACGCGUUCAAUCAAACAAACAAACUCUUCAGCUUUAUAAUAUUAAUAUAGAUUAGGCCAUUGCAUAAUUUUAUCAAUAUGUAUGUACCUAGCUGGCGUAGCCGAUAGCGCGAAAAUCGCUCUGUCAAAAA